AUGAAUGUGCUGACUCUGUUCCCCUCUCCCAAAACUUCAUUCAAAAUGCCUGCAACCAUACCCUUUCCCUCUCCCAAUAUUAGACACAAAAUGCCUGCAACCAUGCUCUUCCCCUCUCCCAAUACUACACUCAAAAUGCGCGCCACAAAAGUUAACAGAACCAUAACCGCUCAAAUGGGCCCCAAAGAAUUUACCAGAACCGAAACAGCUCAAACGUCCGCCAUACAACUUAACAUAACCAUACCCGAAACCGUAAUCAAAAUGGAUGAAAAUGAAGCAAUUAAUAUUGAGACCGAGUUUCAAUCAGAGUUUCUGGAAAUGCUCAGUAACAGACGAGCUCUUCAAGUUCCAUUAUGGGCUGAACGUGCAAAACCAGUGACGAAUCCUUGCUAUCCGACUACAACCCAACUGGAGAUUAUGCAAUCUUGUCCAAGGAAAGACAUUCCGAAUUUCCAUGAGUUGCUCGUGGAGGAGAAUCUGUAUUUAAAUGUAGAGUAUGGAGAUCAAGGAAAGUUGCCUAUGUUGAUUUUGAGCUUGAAGGAAUGUGAUACAAAGUUAAGACCUGCGGUUGUUUUCAAUCACAGUACAGACACAUGUAAAGAAUAUAUGCGUCCAUUGCUAGAGGCAUAUGCUUCACGGGGAUACAUAGCAAUUGCGGUUGAUUCUCGUUACCAUGGUGAACGAGGGAAGGGCGCCAACGCCUAUCAAGAGGCUCUUAUUUAUGCAUGGAAAACCGGAUGCAAAAUGCCAUUCAUAUAUGAUACGGUUUGGGACUUGAUUAAAUUGGCAGAUUAUCUAACAACACAGAGAAAAGAUAUAGACCCCAAUAGGAUAGGAAUCACGGGAGUAUCACUUGGAGGAAUGCAUUCAUGGUUUGCUGCAGCUGCUGAUCCUCGCUAUUCAGUAGUUGUUCCUAUAAUUGCUGUUCAGGGAUUUCGAUGGGCCAUAGACAACCAUAAGUGGCAACCCCGAGUUGAUAGUAUAAGACCUGUUUUUGAAGUGGCUAGUAAAGAUUUGUGUCAAAAGACUAUUGACAAAGAAGUAGUUGAGAAGGUGUGGGACAGGGUUGCUCCUGGUUUAACUUCCCGAUUUGAUUCCCCCUACUCAAUUCCAGCUAUUGCACCCCGUCCUCUGCUUAUUCUCAAUGGUGCGGAAGAUCCUAGGACUCCCUGGGAAGGUGUGGAAGAACUACUGUACAAUGUAGCUGAGAUGUAUGCAGCGUUUCAACGUCCACAUCAUUAUAACUUUUAUGCCGAACCUGAAGUCGAGCAUGAAUGGACAGCAUUUCAGGUUAAAGAGUCGGCUGCUUGGUUUGACAAUUUUCUAAAGCCUUAG